AUGGCGAGGCUAAGAAAGACCCCCUCUGCCUUGGUGCUGCUUCUUGGCAUCUUGGAGACCCUUCUCUGCCUAGCUGCUGAGCCCGCAGACGCUCACCUAUUGAGUGUUUUAGAUUCGGAGACGACAAAAACACAUAUUGGAGCUCUCCAAGACCCUGCAGCUCACUGCAGUUCGCCAGAUGCCUCCACCACACACUUCUGCUACACCUUGAGGGAAUAUGCUGCUUCUGUUCUGGUAACUCAGCAGCUAGAAGGUGCAGAGUGCACCCACAAGAGCCUGGAGGAGCUGAAGGCAGAGAAACGGCAGCGGAGAAAGGCAAGAAGGAAGCAAAGGAUACGCGGUGCAGCAGUUACAAAGGCGGCCCGCAGAGCAAAAUCAAGAGCAAAAAAAAUUGCGGGCGGCUUGGCUUCUGCUGUAGCAGCAAGCCAUGGAGAGGCUAGAUCCCCAUCGAGGAAGCCGCAGGUGCAGACCUCUUCAUCAUCAGGUGCUAGUUUGCUGCAGCUGCCGUCUCUGAGUGACCAAGCAGCCCAACAUGAAGCACUGGCUAAGGACUACGCAAAGCAGGUGCAGAUGGCCAGGCAAAAUGCUCAAGGCAGAGGGGAUGGCUCAGGCCUCACGCAAGCAGCCAUGAAGAUAUUUGACGCCUCCCUGUACAUCCAGGCCGGAGGUGAGCCGAACGCCACAACAGCUGCAGCAGCACUGAACAGCAGCAACUGCUACUGCAGCACUCAACUGCUCCGUUGGUGCAAAUCGCUUCUCCGCAUGCACUCCGCGUUGCUUCUGACGGGUAUGGCAAAAGAGUUAUUAAGCAGCAUCGUUGCUGCUGCUACUGCAGCUCCCGAUGGUGUUUCUGUGGAACUAGACCCCCGGGAGGUGGAGAGUACGCUGCGGUCGGUGUUGGUCGGGGGCAGUUCUUUUGCACAGCCUGUCGCUGCCUUUUGUGUUGCCAUCAUCGAGGAGGCAUUAACCAGUAUAAAUGCCAAGACAAAGACAGCACAAGAAGCGAAGGCAGAUGCCUUUUUAGCGCUCAAUGAUCUCCACACGACUGUCGCCACCACAGCCAAACUCAAGGCAGAAACCACUGCAGCACAGCUGGAUGCGCAGGGUCGUCAAAUAAACCAACAUGUGAAAACAGCAGUAGCAGCCACUCCGGCUGCGGGACUCAAACAGCAAAUGGCCGCCCAAGUCGUUGACCUCGUCCUUGCCAUCAUUGAUCACCCUGAAGAUGUCACAGUGGUGAAAUACACGAAGUCGUCUGAAGGUUCUCGCAGCAGUGGAGGUGGAGGUGUUCGGCUGUCCGUUAGCGGAGGCAACGAGGAGCCCAUCGCAGUCCCGGCCACCCCACACGUCGACCUCGGUGGAGCUUCGCCGGUAGUGGUCCCUCCAGUGGCCUCUGUGGUGGUGCCUGAAGGGUCCACCAAGGUCUCUAUCUCAAACGAAGAAGCAGCAGCAGCAGCUGCUGCUGCUGCUCAGAAGCGCUUAAUAGCAGAGGGGGGGCAAACACCAGACAGCAGCACAGGGGGCGCUGCUUCGGUGUCUUCUUCGGAGGCGACUGUCCACCCACAUUUCUCGUCUACGCGUCCAAGCAGCACCUCGCAUCUCAGUAGCAACGUGCAUCACACGCAGGGGGCCCCUAUCUCGGUGCACCUGAUGCGCUUCGGCGAGGGCCCAGCAUCCCAGAGCACCCCCCGCAGUUCUGCUGGUGCAGCCUCUGCAGGACCCUUCGUCUCGCAGGGCCUCAAUAUUCAGGGGACGUCUCCCAUGCCCCUCCCCCGAGGCAUCCAGAUAGUCCAUGAAGGCUCUGAUGGGGCCCCUCAGACCUUAACUGUGCAGCGCACUUCACACGGCAUCAGCGCGCAGCAUGGACCAGGAACAAUAGGAGAAGCAUCAGCUGGUGCACAAGGAAAUAGUGCACCAGGUGUAACAGUUCACCGCAUACGUUUCGGAGACGGGCGUGAGCAGCAGAAUCCACUUGUAACACGUCCUGGUGACAACACGCCACCUGGAGGCCCCCCGCUGCAGCACAGGGGUGUCCAGAUCAGUUUUGGGGUUGAAGGGCCCCGAGGCUCACAUGUGGGGGGCAGCAGUAAAUGGGAUGCACCCAGUGCUUCUGCUGCUACGGCUGGUGCUGGUGCGGCUGCUGCUGCUGGUGUUCCCAUCUGGGUCCAUCAGCAACUAGCGGCACCCGACCUGACGCAGCUGUCUAUCCCAGGGUUCACAGCCACCGCCGCUCCUCUAAGCAGUCUCCCCUUCUAUCAGACAAUGGGCCAGGCCCCCAGCAUCGGGCCCCGCUUCCACGGUGUCCAAGUGGACUAUGCCCUCGGCAACGUUGGAACUCCCAACGACAUUUGCGUGACGGAGGCUAUGCUGUUCCCUACUGGGUGGAUGGGCUCAGGGCCUCCAGGGGCGGCCCUAGGCAGGUCUACGAGAGGGUCCCCCCACUCUAUGGGGUCCCUGGCGGCCUCCGUUGCAGAGCGGUGGGCCUUCCGGAAGGCACAGGAAGCCACUCAGCAGUCCAUUACUUUCUUCCGCAGCAGCGACAGCAUCAAGAAGCAUGUGGACAGGCUCCUAAAAAAACACCUGUCCCAGCUGCAAGAAGUAACGGCACCUGCUCCUUCUUUCAACACCCUAACCAGUAGCGGCUGCAGAUCGCAUGCAGAAGAAGCAAGGAGGGCAUUUUACAACCUGUUCUUCGGCUCCAACCGCCUCUUCGAAUCGGUCUUGAGUAACCCAACAGCAAAUGCUAGGCUGCAGCUGCGAGCCCAGCUCCUCCACUCCCACGGCGUUAUUCCUGCAAUGCCUGUGGAGGUAGACAGAAUGAUGAGCCAAGAACAUUUUCCUUUAAGUAUGUUUGUUUGUUUGGCUGGGUUCGUUGGUUUGCUUAACUGGAUGUGUUUGCUUGCUUGUUUGCAUGACAUCUUCUGUUCGCUUAAACUUGUACUUUUAAGCGCCGUUUUCUCCCUUGACCACACCCUCAUGAAGCUGAACACGAUGGCCUACCGCGGAUUGUCUUUGACUGCCCUUUUCUUUGGGAACCUCAGUUCGUCAGUCCCUCAUCUUCCAGAAGAGACCAAACAAGGACAAAUUGAAGAAGCUUCGAGGCAGCUGAUUGCCAUGUGGGGCGCAGAGAAGGGGAGGAAAGCAAAGAAAGGAGAUGCAGAGCGGCUACCACCUGGAGAGGUUCUUCCAUUGCUUGAGGUCUACACCGCCGGUCUGGAGCGGCUGGUGUCACUGCUACUGCAGUCACCUCACACGCAGCAUUUGUUCAACCUCGCCACUCACACUUGGGUGCAGCUGCGAGGCAUUUACAACGCAGCGGAGGGCUUCAAGCCUGACAGCAAUUUCAAGGCUACUGCACGAAACAAACAGCUCGCCGCUGUCUUCAGCAAACUCUGGUUCGAUGGGGACGCCACACCUCAAGAGUCAACUGCAGAGGCUCCAAUACUUAAACCUUUUUUUGCGCCGUUGGCUUCUGUUUCCCUUCAAAUCGCUUUCUUCCUGCACUCUGUAGUGGAAGAGUUCAAGAGGGGCCUGUGGGGUCGUCUGGGAGCUUCUAUCCGUUCUUUCUUUCAAGGGUUAUUUAGAAAGCACAAGAGAAUGAAUAUUCCAAGCACUUGGUCUCAGAUGGUUUCGCGGGCUCAGGCACAGCAAACAGCAGACCCUAAGGGCUUCCAAGGGGCCCUCUGGGGCAUCGAGCAGCUAGCUGACUUCUUCUUCUCUAGGUUCAUAAGACCUUCUGCACUCCAGAGCAGUUCGUCUCCCUUGAUGCCAUCUUACAUCGCAUUCGUGCAUGCACUGGUCUCCCUUUGGAUGGCCAACCCACGAAGUCCAACGCAGUUCAGACUCAACGACCCACAAAUACCCAAGGCAAAAAAACUCUUCUAUUACAGCCUCCUGCUAUACCCGAGGAGUUUAACUAAAUUGGCUGCCGACUUGAUAAUUAGCAGCUGCACAGACAUGAAAGCAAUCGACAUGGGGGUAGUGACGGCUACAGUGGAGUUUUCAGGCAAGAGGCAGACUGUGGGGAGGACGGUCUUGAAGCACAAAAGGGUACCUCUGAGGUUUUCGACUUUAAUGUACCACCUAAACAAGUUGCUUGCUGCAUAUGAUGACCCCUUAGACAUUGUCCGAGUAGCUCAGGACCUUGCCACCCGCUGCAAGACACCCGAGCAGCCGCAGCCGGAGCAACGCAAGAAACGCAUCCUGAGCUUUACUAAGGAGUUCAAUCGCAAUAACGAUCGCGCUGUGCAGCUGCUGAGUUCGAAGUUCGUCUUGGAUACAUGGUGUCUCCAAUACAAAGAUUUUAUAAUGAAGAAUAUGACAAGAGUUCCUCAGACAAAGAGCGGCAGCAAACUUUUUUUGCUGCUGGAGGCGGAGUUAGACAAAACAGCAGAAGUGGUGCUGCGGCCUUCUGCUGCUCCUGCUGACUCUUGGGUAUUAAACAUAAAAUGUCCUUUCAUGAAGGAUUUCGUGGAUCCUGAAAAGAGACAAGAAGCAAGAAAAGGGAUGAUGCAAUAUGCCAUUACUCGGCGCAGUUUGGGGAAGCGUUUGAUACGGAAAGUGAACGCAAUAGGUAAUUUCUUUGUAAAGAAGUUCUCCUUCAAAAGGAAGAGGGUCCCCGGUUCAGUCGCAAAUAAGGAAUUUGCUGUCAUCCACGUGGGGACAAGCAUAUGGUAUAAAGAGAGUCAACGAUUUGAGCAUGCGCUCACCUUCAGGCCGGAGGCAAUGAGCUGCGGAACCCGAGUGGCAGGAGGCCCCCGCAAGCCUGUUGACUUCCGAAACGGCGAUUUUGUUAUGGGCUCGACAGAUCCAGCAGCAGAUGAAGACGCGGUCUUAUGCGUAAAUCAAGAGAAUAUGCAAUGCUGGGCCACUCGGAGGGCUUUGAUGUUUAAGGGCUCCACAGAAGCUCCUGUAUCACAUUCGGAAACCCCGGCGGGAAUGUGGUAUGCUCGGCUAACUCCCACAAACCCUUAA